CAACCAACCGACCGCGCGCUGUGCUAGCAGGAGAGGAAGAGGCAGAAAUGGCGGUGACGGCGAGGCGAGCAGCAUGAAGUGCUGAUGCAUUACAUGGAUCAAAACUAACGACUGCCAGGACAACGUCGGUAAAAUGACAAUGACGUCGAAGUAGGACACCAUUUGUAACUGUCAUCAAAACCCUACAACACCUUCCCGGGAGAGUUUUCAACUUGUCAGCGGAGAAGAAGAAAACCUCAGAGGGAGCAUGGCUUCUUACAGCAACCAGUACAUAUUCGGGGAGUUCAGCCCUGAUGAGAUCAAUCAGUUUUUUGUGACUCCACGAUGUUAUGUUGAGCUUCCUCCAUUCAAUGACAAAGUCGCAUGUGUCAGUCAGUCUUCUGGAAGUUACUGCACUCCUGCUGUACCUUAUAUUAUGGAGUCUAUUGGACUGCAGGUUUGCGCAGAAGACUAUCAGCACAUUGAGUUUGGAGUUGAUGAGGUGAUGGAUUCCAAGUCUGUCGGGAUGAACGAUCCUGUAUUCAAGGUGUCGAGCACCCUCAACCCCCAGGCUCCAGAGUUCAUCUUGGGCUGCCAAUCGACCCAGAAGGCCCAACAGACGGCUCCUCCAGAAGCUGACGACCCUGAUGGGGUCCACUUCAACUCGCUGGACGGCGCUGACUCAGAGGCCUCAGCCCUCGACAAUCACCAGGCCUGCCAGGACAUGGAUGGACUUCCUGGCAGUCUUGGACAACGAGAGAGGAAGAAAAAGAAAAAGCGACCACCUGGGUACUACAACUACCUGGACCCCUCAACAGGUAGCAGCAGCAACAACAACAGCAGCAGUGCAGCAGAUGGUACACCUGUGACAGCGCUGGUGAACGGACAUGCACUCAGUGGCCCACACAUCAGUCCUGAAGAUGUGGAUGGUAAGGCAUUAUCAGGGGCAGAACUUUCCACACCUGGACCUGUUUCCACGGCUAGAUCGACAGCUGCUGUGGCAGCAGCCAAGUUUGCCCCUAUAGCCACUGCCGAUCAGAGGACUUGUGAUAGCCCUGAUGACUCUUCUUUGGACUUAACAGGCGGAGCUGCCUCUUUAUCAGAUGGCAACAAUGCAACUUCCUCCUCUUCAUCCUCCUCUCAAAGCAGGGGGAUGACAGAGGGACCAAGGACUGCAGAUCAGCAGCCAGAUCAUUUGGCUCCACAGAGCUCCGAACUUUCAGAUACUCCACAAAGCCCCCGCUCUAAAUCCCCUCUUCCUCCUUCAGCUGCUGUGGAUGCCCCCUCUGUCGCCACAUCUAUUACGACUACUGAACUGAAAGGAGGGGAGCUAGCAGAAAGUGCGGUGGCUAACGGGCUUGCAGAGCCUGAUACUCCUGUCAGUGUAGAUGGACACAAAGAAGACUGUGAGAGUGGGGAGCAGGCUCAGCAGGUCUCCCCAGACUCUGCUGCCCAGUCAGCAGUGACCGAGCAGGCCCUUACGCCUGCAAUUCCAGCUGCACCCACUGCCAACCUCCCCAAAUCUUGGGCUAGCCUCUUUCACAACUCCAAGCCUCUGCCUGGGGGCCCUCAGGCCUUUGUGGAAGUGAAAAAUGUUGUGGAAGUAGUGUCCCCCGCCCUAAUAACGCCAGAGCAGCCUGAGAAAGUAGGGGAGGUCAAAGAUGGCCCUGUCCACGUAUCAGAGGAUCCUAUGGCCCCUAAACUUGCAGAACUUAUUGAGAAUGUGAAGUUGAUACAUAAACCAGUGUCUUUGCAGCCGAGAGGACUGAUCAACAAGGGAAACUGGUGCUAUAUCAACGCUACUCUACAGGCCCUGAUUGCGUGUCCUCCCAUGUAUCACCUGAUGAAGUCCAUUCCUCUGCAUAAUGAAACACAGAGACCAUGUACCUCCACACCCAUGAUAGACAACUUUGUAAGGCUGGUGAAUGAGUUCAACAACAUGCCUGUGCCAUCUAAAGCCAAACAGCAAGCUGUUGGUGAUAAAGUCAUGAAAGACAUUCGGCCUGGAGUACCUUUUGAACCGACCUACAUUUACAGACUCCUCACUCUAAUCAAGUCAAGCCUCUCAGAGAAGGGUCGACAAGAGGAUGCGGAGGAGUAUCUCGGCUUCACUCUCAAUGGGCUGCACGAGGAGAUGCUGGCAUUGAAGAAACUAAUCUCGCCUCAGGAAGAGAAAGCUCCCACACCCAACGGGCCAGAGUCUCAGUCAGGUGUGGAGGAAGAUGACGCUGACAAGGAGGAAGAGGGCAGUGAGGACGAGUGGGAGCAAGUUGGCCCCAGAAACAAAACUUCCAUCACUCGCCAAGCUGACUUUGUCCGCACACCCAUCACUAAUAUAUUUGGUGGGCACAUCAGAUCUGUGGUGUAUCAACAAAACUCUAAAGAGUCGGCCACUCUGCAGCCUUUCUUCACCCUGCAGCUGGACAUCCAGUCGGAGAAGAUCCGCACUGUCCAGGAGGCUCUAGAAACCUUAGUGGCACGAGAGUCGGUCCAAGGCUACACUUCUAAAACCAAGCAAGAGAUUGAGAUCAGUCGGAGGGUUACUCUGGAAGAGCUGCCCCCUGUGCUGGUGCUCCAUCUCAAGAGAUUUGUUUUUGAGAAGACUGGAGGAUGUCAGAAACUCACAAAGAACAUUGAAUACCCCGUUGACUUAGAAAUAAGCAAAGAUCUUUUGUCAUCUGGAGUGCGGAGCAAAGUUGUGAAAGGCCAAAGAACGUACAGGCUCUUUGCAGUUGUCUAUCACCAUGGGAACAGCGCGACAGGCGGUCAUUACACCACGGAUGUCUUCCACAUUGGUCUUAACGGCUGGCUGCGCAUUGACGACCAGAUAGUGAAGGUCAUCAACCAGUACCAUGUGGUGAAGCAGACUGCAGAGCGCACCGCCUACCUGCUGUACUACCGCCGCGUCGAUCUGCUGUAGACACACACACACACAUGCACACACACACACACACACACACACAUCCCAACAUACAUGCAAAAACAACCCAAUAUAUACACAGAUGCACACAAAACAUACAUGCUCUUAAUGCACUUGUUAACAGUAGAGUACAUCUACACACCACACAAACACACAACAAACUAAUGAACAGGAACACUGCCCAACUUGUUCUCUUGCAAGAUUUUCCUCUUCUUCCCUUUUGUCCCUGCUUUCCUGAGAACCAGCUUUUCCAACACCUUUUCCCUUGAAUCUUUUUUUUUUCUUUUUGGAACAAGAGAAACAAGCCGCACUCACAAAGAUUUCCCUGUGACUGCGCUCUCUUCUCUGCACCACUGCUGUUUUUUUUGUUGUUUUUUUGUCCAUUUUGUUAAACUUUUAAAGCAACAAGGAAGGACAGUUGAAUAGACAGAGGUAGGGGUUGGGGUUACAGGUUCGGACCUAAGACUUGCCUCUGGUUGAGCCAACAGCUCAGCUCAGAUAGCAAACGAUGGACUCACAAACAGGAAGAACUAUCUGCUACAGGCUGCAAGUGGACUGCUGGUCUAAUUUUGUUUAAAUUACCUCUUUAAGGAAAUGACCCAGAAAUAUAUCAGUGUUUGCCUUUUAGCAAAAGAGAACGGUUGGCCUAAUGAAUUUGCAGCAGUUUAAAAAGCCUGUUUGAAUUUGCCCAUGUGCAUCAAGAAGGCCCAGCACCAGCAUUAUCAUGAGCGUCUCCUCCCAAGGCUGCAUCGUUGUCUUUGCCACCAACAACUCCUCCUCUUCCAUUUCCUCACUUUUAAGAUGCUUUUAAAUCUAGGUACAACUCGAGCCAUCAAAACAGGGGAGAAAAAGGUCAGUGGUACAUUAAAUAGGAACUGAACUGCUUCCUUGUUUGAGAGAGUCUUGUUCUGGUAUCUGGGUUUAGAAUUAGAAAGACUAUCUAAAAAGAUGUUAAUGCGCUUUAGAAUUUAAUAACAAAAAAGCUUCUGUGCACAAAUAUAAUCUGAUGAUUACAAUAUGACAGGCAAAUGCAUAUUUUGCAGAUCGUUAGAUUAAAGUGUAAAACAAAAAACCUAAAAAUUAUAAAACCUAGCAGACUGAAAACUUGUUUGGGUCCUGAAGGACUGUGUUAGUUUUUCAACUCAAUUCUUGCACUGGAGAGAUGGCUACCAAUCAAGACCGAUUCCACUGCAACACCUUCCCUUGUUUACUUUGUACAUUUCCUUCUCUAUCCAUUCAUGUCUUUUGUCUUUGUUUAAAGGUUCCACCUGUGUAAAGGUGGCUUAUCAGUGUAGUUUUGAGCCACGCCACCCCUCUUACCCCCCAACUCAACUUAAAGUGGGGGCUGCCUUAGGUUCAACGUGUGAUGUUUUUCCACUCAGUGUACAAAGUCUAACCCUUAUCAGGCGCCAACAGCAAGUCUAAUGUCUGUGAAGAGUUAGGAGAAUGUACCCAACACCUAUGUUUUUACUCUUUUGAGGCUCUGCCUUUCCUCCAUGUGGAGGGAAACUGAGCAGUGAGGGGAAGUGGGACUACAUCUGUGCUCCGCUCUGCAUAAAAAAAAAAGACCUCAGACAUAUGCACAACAGGAGAUAGUGUUUGCUUUUGUUGGAGAUAUUGAUUUUUGGAUCAUUCAUUGAUUGUGAUGAUUUUUGUUGAAGUUAUUAAACAAUGUUAGUUUUUUUUCUUUCUUUUUUUUUGUCAUUGAUCAUGUAUCAGAUGUCCCCAUGUUCUUGUUCCCUGCUUGCAUUUGAAUUGGUGUUAAAAAGAAAUUACACAGGCUAAAGCACAACAAUGAAUAAAAUUGAACUAGUUUCUUUGCUUGAUAUUUAUUUUCAUUUUCUCUGUUUCGUUUUCUUUUUUGUGGCUUAACUCAUUUCAUUCCAACCACCAGUGUCUGAUUCUCAGUAUUAAUUCUUUACUAAAUUGAACGAGCUCGAGAAUUUCUACAUGACUUUAGCUUUCGUACUUUGACUUUAACUGAAAAAGCCUCCUUUGGGUCUCAAACCCUCCUAUCCGCUUGUACAUCGUUUAGAAAGGUUACACAUGAGAAUAUGUUUGUCACUAAUUUUCUGUUAGCAGUGCAAAUGAAUUAAUUUAACAAACAAACAUUGAGGUCACUAUUGACCCAAAGUUCACAUUUAAUUGUAAAUGUGCUGAACAUCAUUCUGUGAUGCACAGCCUCAAUAGAUUUUUAUUUGAUUUGAUUUUUUUUUUAUAGGGUUUAAGUUCAGAAACGUUUGUGUCCAGAUAAACCAAAGGAUAGUGUUAAACAGGCCGGCUGCCUUUCUAUCAGUAUGUAUUCUUUAUUUUGCCUUCUCCAUCUGAGGUCUUGUAUCCAUGUCCAGCACUCAUUCCACACAGUAAACAGAGGCAUGCCUUUCAGUCACUUUAUCUCCAUCGUCCAUAACCUGAUUAUAUUUCUGUUGUGCUGCAGGUUUGUAGUCAUUUCUGCACAAAUAGAUGAUUUGAAUCCUCUCUUUCUUUCACCUUUGAAUGUUUGACAGUUUGGACAUUAAACGGACACCUUUCUGUUGUACAGUUUUAUCACAGCCUGUCGCAGCUGGUCAGGAAAUAUGCUGGUGAAAUGCUUCAAUAAUAUGUCUCUUUUCAGUAUGUGCUCCUAACACUAUUGUCUGCUGGGAAAUGUUGGGUUAUUGAACUACAAACAAAAUCUAUACUGUCUUUUAAUUUUAAGCCUACAGCAUUCUAUUUUGUUAAUUGUUCAAAUAAAGGAUUGUGCAAAAAGCAGUUUGCUAAUGAAGUGUA